GGUCAUCAUCUUUCAAACGGAUUACAUAUUACCCAUUAUAUUACAUAUUAUAUUACAUGUGAAAUAUUAUAUUACACAAAUGCAUGAAUUUAUCCAAGGAAUUUCUUACGCCAUCGUUCCCAAUUCGAGCACAGACAGGCAAAGGAUCACAAGGGAAGAUAAGGCAAAAACAAGAGAAUUCCUCCACAUCACAUUCCCCAUUUCCAGAAUUUACCCCCACCUUUGAUCGGAAGUUGCUGUUUGCGAUGAUGGAUACGAAGCGAUGUGAUGCGACAUUGGACCUUGGACGUUACAAGUUACAGCAAACAAACGCCUAGGUUAUCUGGGUAGCUUAAACAAUUUUCAUCCGAGCGCUCAUGCAUUCUUCCGCAAUGAAGUAUAACAAAGACUAACAUGACCAUGACCAUGACUACAGUCCCAGGAAAACACAAUAAGUAUAAGAAGUUGAGAAGUUGAGAAGUUGAGAACAACUUGCGCUUUCGAGCUUUCUAUCACUUCCGUCUUACUCACCAUUCAUCAUUCCAAUCAUAUGGUCACAUAAUAUCAACGAUUCAAUCAUGUUGGAAGGCAUGUCAACAAAGUCUCUCGUCGCCGCAUUUGUCGUGGUAUUCACCUUGAUUAAAGUUACUCGCUUGAUUCAGAAAGAGCUGAAGAUCAGAUCGCUUGGUGGUCAUACGAGAAGAGUGAAAACAUGGUUUCCAUUUGGUACAUAUCAAGACUGUUGUUUUCCUCUUGCAGAAAAGCUUGCUAAUGAUGAUAUCCAGACCUUGACCUCAUCGCGCGCUCAAUCAACUAUAGUUUAAACGACAGAAAUCUCGACGCAUGGCAGGCCUUCUUCGACGGUCACAAGGAUAAACGCUAUACAGUCGAGGCAUAUCCGGGAGGACAACGCACCCUUUUUACUGCAGAGCCGGAAAAUGUUAAAGCUAUACUUGCAACUCAAUUCACCGAUUACGGGAAAGGAGAACCAUUUCAUAAAGAUUGGAAAGAUUUCCUUGGUGAUAGUAUCUUCACCACUGAUCUUGAUCAGUGGCAUGAUUCUCGCCAGUUGAUACGUCCACAGUUCAUAAAAGAUCGCGUUAGUGACUUGGACACUUUCGAGAGACAUGUACAAAUCUUAAUCCAGAAGAUCAAAGUGGAAGGUAAAAAGUGGGAUGGUACUCAGGGUCAGGAGAUUGAUGUUAGUGAUUUGUUCUUCAGAUAUACUCUAGAUGCUGCGACGGAUUUCUUGUUAGGACGCAGUGUAGAAAGUUUAGAGAGACCAGGGGAAUUCGCAGAUGCUUUUGCGGAAGUUCAGAGAGUGCAAAGUAUGAUUGCGAGGGCUGGGUAUGAUGUCUCAUCUUCCUCUUUUAUUAAAAACGAGCGCUAAUCCGGUAAUUAGGCCUAUGAAUGCAUUGAUUCCAAGGAAGUCAUUCUAUAAAGGUCUCAAAGUUAUCAACGAAUUUGUUACGCCCUUCAUUGAAGAUGCCCUUCGACUUCCUCCAGAGGAAUUAGCAACUAAAACGAAAACUGAGGAAGGUUAUACAUUUCUACAUGCAUUGGCCUCUUACACUCGCGAUAGAAAUGUCCUUCGAGAUCAACUUGUAGCAGUCUUACUUGCCGGUCGCGACACAACAGCUUCCACUCUAUCGUGGACUUUCUACGAAUUAGCUCGUCAUCCUGAAGUUUUCAAGAAAUUGCGUGAGGAAAUUAUUUCAAAAGUUGGUCUUGAGGAAGCUCCAACUUAUCAACAUUUGAAAGAUAUGAAAUAUCUUCAGGUAACUCCUCAUUCACUUGUCGUAAAUUUCUUACUUACCACCAUAGAACGUCAUGCAUGAGACCCUUCGCCUUUACCCUGUUGUUCCAUUUAACGUCCGUCUCGCCCUGAAAGAUACCACCCUACCCGUCGGUGGUGGUCCCGAUGGCCUUUCGCCCGUGGGGAUUCUCAAAGACACCCCAAUUGGCUACUCUACUCUCAUUAUGCAACGCCGGGAAGAUCUUACUCCAGAUGUCAUGUCUUUCAACCCCGAUCGUUGGUUAACAUGGCAGCCAAAACCUUGGCAGUAUAUCCCUUUCAACGGUGGCCCUCGAAUCUGUAUUGGUCAACAAUUUGCGCUCACGGAAAUGGGGUAUACGAUUGUUAGGAUCCUGCAGAACUUUGAUGGUUUACAGGGGUUUAUGCAGGAAGUUGAUGGAGGAAACCCGAGACUGAAAGCGGACAUUGUGUUGCAGCCUGGGCAGGGUGUGCACGUGGGAUUUUUGGACAGGCAGAGCGGGACUUGGAAGAUGGAGGGUUAGGAUGUGAUGGCUAUGGGUAUGGUCACGAUGAUAUGGCAUCUACAUGCUUUUCUUGUUACUCUGAGACAUGUUCAUAAGGCAUGAAUACUAACUGGUCGAUGGAAGCGCUCAUCUCAUCUCAGCUCAUCUCAUGAUAUAUACCAAGACUCAGGGUUUCAUAUUUUUACAACUGGUAUUCCUCACUUUGCAAAUAUUAACGAAAUAAAAAUUUAUGCCAAGUGAGUGACGAGCCCGGUGUCUCGCUGUAAUUAUUCUACCAUCUGCUACAAAUAUCCAAAGCGAAGCUGAAUUCGUCUUUACCUCUCG